UUUAUAGAGGGGUUCAGGAAGAUCUGUGAAGGCCCCAGUCCUAAAAUGUUAUGUGUCUUUGAUUAGGUGUGUUUAUAGAGGGGUUCAGGAAGAUCUGUGAAGGCCACAGUCCUAAAAUGUUAUGUUUCUAUGAUUAGGUGUGUUUAUAGAGGGUUCAGGAAGAUCUGUGAAGGCCACAGUCCUAAAAUGUUAUGUUUCUAUGAUUAGGUGUGUUUAUAGAGGGUUCAGGAAGAUCUGUGAAGGAUGUGUCUUUGAUUAGGUGUGUUUAUAGAGGGGUUCAGGAAGAUCUGUGAAGGCCCCAGUCCAAACAAUAAGCUGAAGCAAAACUGUGUCGCGAAGCUCAAGAGUGUGCUGCAAUUUUUGAAGUUCAUGGCGAAGGAUGAGAAAUAUCCAUCCACUCUCAGUUUCCUGGCACACCGGGACAACAUGAGGAGAUGGUUUCAGACCCUUCAGCAGAACAAGGCCGUCGCCACGGUCAACCACUACACCUCGACUAUCGGUGCAUUUCUCCAAUACUCCGAGGAGACCCCUCCGCCCGGCUGCCGGCUGACCAAAAACCACUGGAAGGACAUCAACAGGGCCAUGAAGGAGAUCAACAAGUCAGUGAAAGGAGCCGUCUCCAACCAGGAAGGCAAGGGGGUGUCCACAAAGAGCCUGCUGGAGUGCAAGGGGGUGUCUACAAAGAGCCUGCUGGAGUGCAAGGGGGUGUCCACAAAGAGCCUGCUGGAGUGCAAGGGGGUGUCUACAAAGAGCCUGCUGGAGUGCAAGGGGGUGUCCACAAAGAGCCUGCUGGAGUGCAAGGGCCUGCUGGAGUGCAAGGGGGUGUCUACAAAGAGCCUGCUGGAGUGCAAGGGGGUGUCCACAAAGAGCCUGCUGGAGUGCAAGGGGGUGUCUACAAAGAGCCUGCUGGAGUGCAAGGGGGUGUCUACAAAGAGCCUGCUGGAGUGCAAGGGGGUGUCUACAAAGAGCCUGCUGGAGUGCAAGGGGGUGUCUACAAAGAGCCUGCUGGAGUGCAAAGGGGUGUCUACAAAGAGCCUGCUGGAGUGCAAGGGGGUGUCUACAAAGAGCCUGCUGGAGUGCAAGGGGGUGUCUACAAAGAGCCUGCUGGAGUGCCAGUCUCUUGCCAAGGACAAGAUCCCCCAAGUGCUGA